AUGAGGGCUUCGGCAAACCCACCAUUAGGACUAAGUACUUGGUUUGAUCCUAUAAAGUCUAUUUUGAAGGGUAAUAUGUCAUCUGAUGAGAACAAGAAAUGGAUGAAGUGUGACCGUAAGUCUGGUGAAUACAUACAAGGUGUGAGGUCAUUUAUACAGUUUGCCAAGAAUAAUGGUGGUGGGAGGGUUUUAUUUUCAUGUCCUUGUCGAAAUUGUAUGAAUGGUAAAGGUUUAGUUUCACUUAGUGAGAUAUCAUUGCAUUUGCUCAAAUAUGGUAUUUGUUUGACGUAUACAACAUGGCGUCAUCAUGGUGAAAGUUCAGUAGCAGCACGGUCAAGACAUAGGGAUAACACUACAGCAGUUAUGGAUGGGAAUGUUACAGUAGGAGGAGUUGAUGUGGAUGAGAAUGUUACAGCAGGUGUGGAUGUGGAUGAGAAUGUUACAACAAAUAUGGAUGUGGAUGAGAAUGUUGGGACCAAGGGGUGUUGUAAGAAAAAGUUAUCAGCGGCCGAGCGAGCAAGAGUACCAUUGUAUCCUUCGUGUCCUAAAGGAAAGUCGGCGUUGUAUGUAGCGAUAAUGGUGAACAACAUAAAGACUCAGUAUGCGAUUUCAGAUAAUGGUAUGACUGCAAUGUUAGAAUUGAUAAAAGAGUUGCUUCCCGAAGAAAACACCCUGCCAAGUAAGUUUCCAGAUGUCAAGAAGAUAAUUCAAGAGUUGGGGAUGGAUUAUGUAACCUACGAUGCUUGCGUGAAUGAUUGUAUACUCUAUUGGAAGGAUAAGAGUUCAUUGCUGAAGUGCCCUGUAUGUCAAGAACCGCGGUAUGUAAGAGUUUUCAAUGAUGAGAGAAAACUUACUCAAGUUGCGCAGAAGACGUUGAGACACUUUCCAAUAAUUGCAAGGUUGAAAAGAUUUUAUAGUAUACCAUGGAUAGCAGAGGCGAUGCUUUGGCAUUUUAGAGCACAGAAAGAUAUCAAUGUAAUGCGUCAUCCUGUUGAUUCUUCAGCUUGGCGUUGUGCGGAUAGUUUUUUUCCAGAGUUUGCUAAGGAAGCACGGAAUGUUACUCUUGGUAUAGCAACUGACGGCUUCAACCCCAAUGGAUGCAUUGGUCUCAAUUACAGCUGUUGGCCGGUAAUUCUCUGUCCGUAUAAUCUUCCUCCUACGAUGUGUAUGAAGAGGGAGUUUUCUAUGUUAUGUUUGUUGAUAUCAGGCCCAAGAGCACCAGGUAAAGAUAUCGAUGUUUACUUACAACCAUUGAUUGAAGAGUUGAAAGAGUUAUGGAAUGAUGGUGUUAUGACUUUCGACAGCUUCACCGGUUCUGAAUUUCUGAUGAGAGCUAGGUUGUUAUGGGGAAUUCAUGAUUUUCCAGCAUUAGGGACUCUUUCUGGAUGUGUAACUCAUGGGGAUUUUGCUUGUCCAAGUUGUGGAGAAGAAACAGAUGCUGAGUGGCUGCCAUAUAGUAAGAAGUUGUGUUAUAUGGGACAUCGAAGAUGGCUGCCAACGAAACACAAGUUUAGAGAUGAUAAAACAAACUUCAGUGGAGGAGUUGAGCAUGGUAAAGAUCCAUGGCCACUAACAGGAUUGCAAGUUCAAGAGAUGGUAGCUAAUUUGAAAAGCAAACAGGGUAAAGGAAAACCACCAUCAAAGAAACGUAAAAGAGGGACUGAAGGGUAUGCUGAUGAAGAAAUUUCCGAUCACUCUUUAUUUUCUCGAAGGUCUAUUCUUUAUGAUUUGCCGUAUUGGGGAGCGAACACAGUUCGUCACUGUACAUAUGUGAUGCAUACCGAGAAGAAUAUAACUGAGCACAUUGUUAAUACUGUAUUGGGAAAUAACAAGUCAAAAGAUGGUCUUAAUGCACGUAAAGAUAUGGAAGCUAUGGGGAUUAAAAAACGGUUAUGGUUGAAAGAGGAUGACAACACGGGCAAGAAAACAAUGGAAGAUGGGUCUUUUGCCUUAACAAAGGAUGAAAAAGUUGCUUUCUGUACAGUUUUGAAGAAUUUAAGGGUGCCUUCAAAUUUCUGUUCCAAUCUUCGCAACAACGUUGGUAUAAAUCCACCGGAGUUGAAGAAUUUAAAGUCUCAUGAUUACCAUGUUAUGAUGCAGUCUUUGUUUCCACUGCUUGUUCAUACUGCAACUUCAUUUCCUAAAGAUCUGCGAGUUGCUCUUCUCCGGAUUAGUUUAUUUUUCAAUAUCUUAUAUGAAGCUUUAAUCUGCGGUCCGGUCAGAUUUAGGUGGAUGUACCCCUUUGAGAGGUUAAUGAAAGGCUUUAAAGGGUUGGUGCGCAAUAAAAGGUACAUUGAGGGAUGCAUUGCGAGAGGGUAUUCGUUGCGAGAAGCUAGCUUAUUUUUUAUGGAUGGCAUGUCAGAUGAUGGUGAUGGUACUCAUAAACAUACUCGACGGGCUUUUUUAGAUGAUGACUAUGAGUUUGCAGAUGAGAUGCCUCUAAGUACUGGAAAGAGUAUGACUUUAACUCAAGUACAAUUUGAACAAUGCCGCAGCUGGAUCCUAUCUAAGUAUUUUGAGAUAGAUGACUGGAGAAGGAAGUAUGAUUCCUAUGUUAGCGGCAACACGUCUAAUGGUCAGCAGACCUCAAAGAGUUUUCAUUUGAUAGAAGCCAAAGAGACUGAUUCAACACUUUGGAGACUCGUGCAAGGACCCCUCUUCAAGGCACGAUCCUACAGUAAAUACCAAGUCAAUGGCUUUACUUUUAGCAAACUAGGUUGUGAGGCGAAGAAUAUAUCGCAAAACAGUGGCGUAUCAUUGAAAGCUUUUACAAGACUGAAAGCGAAGUCGGCCGAGGAAGCAGAAAUAACUUAUUACGGAGUUAUUAAAGAUAUUAUCGUCUUGAAUUACAUGGAGUUUGAAGAAACUGUUUUCUGUUGUGAUUGGGUUAGUGUUGGAGAUAAGAAUGCGUGUAAGGUUGAUGCAGUUUCAAAGGUUAUAAAGGUCAACUUAUCCAAGAUGAAAAACAAAGUUAGAGUGUCCGAUGAGCCGUUUAUCCUUGCAUCUGAAGCGGCUCAAGUGUUCUACUCGAAGGAUCUUACAGAUGAGGGAUGGUCCGUGGUGUUGCACUCACAUCAGGGGUUAACUUGUUCAGUAGAUAAAUUUGAAGUUCCUACAGCUUAUCAAUCAGUUCUUACUGACAAUGAGAAUUUCAAAAAGUUGCUUUCAAUUGGUUCUAUUUGA